CGCAGAUAGAGUAGAGUCGAGCUUGUCGAGCAAUGCCCAAUCACUAGCGCUAACGACGCUAGUGAACCCAUACCAAAUAUUUUAGGGCGGGCUGCAUCGUGACGUGGGGUAUCGGCAGCCCCUCAAAAGUAGAUGCUUCUCCAUCGUUGACUUUCCAUAACCAACAAUCUGCGUAGAUCCUUCUCGUCACAUUCGUGCAGGUAGCAUUCCCGUCACUGGGCACACUUGACGUCGCAUUCAAAGCCACGUACCCGAGAUAAACAGAUUCUGCAGGAGCCGCGGAGUGGCAAAAUCGAUAAAGAGUGGCCCAGCUCUCUCUCUUUCAUACCUUCCCAGAAUCCAGCCUCGUGAACACAGCGACAGGAUUCGUGAAGUGGUUAUUUCAACACUCGCAUCAACUUCAUCGCGAUAAUCAGAAUGGCAAUGCCACAUUCCGGCGCAGGGGAUUCGUCAACGGCACAGAGAGGCGCAACUGCCGUAGCGUCGAGUAUUUCACAGACGACUGCCGUAGUGUCGAGUAGUUCACAGACGACGACAAUUCACUCGACAAUUCACUCACCGUCAACACGACAACAACAUCCUGUGUUAAGGCUUCGUGGAGCAAUGAGGAGCCCCGGAGGGAGGAGCGACAGGAGGAUACAAUGGGCAGAGGACGUGAUUGACAAUGAAGGCCUGGGAAGGAAAAGCAGUAAAGUCUGCUGUAUCUACCACCCUCCAAAAGCCUCAAUCGAUUCCUCCUCCGACGAGAGCUCCGACUCCUCAUCCUCCGACUCCGACAGCGACGACGGAUCCGCUCGCCCCGCCGGCGGCAAGAGGCGCACCAACGCUCGACACAAGCAUGCCCACGACCACGACCCCAGCGGAGAAUGUCACCAUAAUGGGAAAACAAAGAAGUCACGGAGGUCGCGAAGCCCGAAUGCAUACGAGAAGAUUCCAAAGCCGAAAGAGAGCGGGCCUGCCUAGAUGGACAAAUUGUUUAUGAAUGAAGUUAUAUGAGCGACGUUUUGUAUGAAGUUGGGGGUACUGGAUAAGGCGUAUGGAUGGGGAUAGCGUGGCGAUGUACAUACUUCCGCUGUAUGGAGUGAUUAUGGCAAUUAUCGAUUCUCGGUGAACUCAGGAAAUGGAUCAGCAGGAUUAUUAAGACCGAAUUGCAGAAGUCAAUAGAGCAGA